CUAUCAGCCUGCCUGCCUGCCUGCCUGCCCUCUCGGACCCUCUUCCGGCUUUGCUGCCUACCCACUCUGCUGUCUAUCAAUCCACCUACUCAUCUGCCCAGCCAUUUACCCUCUAAUCGCCCAUUUGCCUCCCUCCCUGUCUACCUACUUAUCUGCAUACUACUCCUAUUCCCUAGCCUACAGCCUCCGGAGCAAUUUAAGGCCUAUUUUGGUACAGAUGCAAGUGCAUUAGUUCAGCCUCGCGAUAAAUUGUCUGGGCCGCCCAAAGAAGAUAGUCUUGACGUCACUUCUCAUUCGACCUUGGGCCUCGGUCUUCUCGCCGGCGUCCUUGACGGGAUUCGAACAGAAAAUCUGCCAGUUUUGAGGCAAACUGGUCAGGUAUACAGCGUUGAGGGGAAAGUGUUGCUCGGCCCAUGGGGUGUGGUGGAAUUCGGUGCCAGAAUGACGCUUCCAUGUGGCAACGUCGCGGUGACAAUCGUCAUGACGCCAAAAGAAGCAUCAGUCACAACUGGUGCAUCCCGGCAAUGA